AUGUUCAGAGUGGAGGAUAAAACAUUAUUGCAGCUUCAGAGAUCCUUGGAAGUUGUUUUGUCUUGCUGCUCUUCUCCAGUAGGUGCUCCUCGCUGUGGGGCUUCCCUGCACGACCUCAACAAAGCGUUCAGGAUUGACCUAAAUGCAAAUGCAACCUGUGUCUGGCAGAUUCAGAGGAAUGUAAAUCAAACAAUUAGGCUGGUUUUCUCCUACUUUCAAUUUGCUCCUUCUUCAAGCUGUGAAACUGAAAGUAUUAAAAUAUAUGAUGGUCCCUCAACUAAUUCACCUCUUCUUGGACAAGUAUGUAACGACACUGAUGCAGUCCCAGUACUUCAUUCAUCUUCAGACAGUUUAACUUUUCUCAUAACAACAAACUCUGCAGCUUUUGCACGAAGCUUCUUCGUCUACUAUUACUUCUUUCCAGCUGAAGCAAAAAAUGAAAAUUGUGGGGGAGAAUUAACUGGUCCCAAUGGGACAAUUACCAGUCCCAACUACCCAGCACCUUACCCUGAGUUUACAUACUGUGUCUGGCACAUAGAAACAGCAAAAAACUCUAAGAUAAAACUACAGUUCCAGGACUUUUUCCUGGAACUUGACAAAACCUGCCGCUUUGACUUCACAGCUGUCUACGAUGGCCUUGCCACCAACACUGGCUUAAUAGGGAAAGUGUGUGGUCGUACUCAGCCCACAUUUGAAUCUUCCUCAAACCUGAUGACACUUGUGCUGUCUACAGACUAUGCCAACUCCUACAGAGGGUUUUCUGCUCAGUACACCAGUGUUCCCCUGCCAGCCCCAGUGGAGCCUGACACAUUCCUUACCUGCACUUCAGAGAGCAUGAAAAUUGUUCUGAGCAAGUCUUAUCUGGCGUCCCUUGGUUAUAAUGAAACUCAGCUACAGCUGAAUGAUCCAUCUUGCCGUCCACUUGUAACAGAUUCAGUGAUCUUUUCCUUCCCAUUAGCCAGCUGUGGAACAACUAAAAAGGAUGAAGGUCACAGCAUCACUUACACCAACAUCAUCUCUCUCUCUGCAACUGGCAGCGUUAUCACUCGUCAAAAGAACAUAGAGAUCAUUGCAAAAUGCAAAAUGGAAAACAAUUCAACCUUAGAAGUCAUUUACAUCACCAAAAACAAUGUCAUCCAGAACACAACUGCCACGGGAAGUUACAACGUCAGCAUGUCAUUCUACGACUCAGACUCAUUCUCCCAGCCUGUACAUCAGUCCCCGUAUUACGUAGACUUGAACCAGAACCUUUUUGCUCAAGUCAGCCUUCAUUCCACUGACCCAAAUCUUCUGGUGUUUGUUGAUACCUGUAUAGCAUCUCCACAAGCUGAUUUUGGAUCCCCAACAUAUGACUUAAUCAGAAGCGGCUGCAAGAAAGAUGACACAGUGGUGACCUACCCACCACUUAAGCACUAUGGAAGGUUCAAAUUUAAUGCCUUCAGGUUCCUGCGGAGCUUCCCCUCCGUUUACCUUCAGUGUGACAUUGUCAUCUGUGACAGCAACGCCACAGAGUCCCGCUGUACCCAGGGCUGUGUCUCCAGGCAAAAAAGAGCUCUUCCUACACACACGUGGAAAACUAAUACUGUAGUAGGUCCCAUCCGCCUGAAGAGAGACCUGAGGUCUGCUGGUCACUCAGAAUCCCUCACUAGAGCAGAUGCUGAAGAAAUGCCAAACCUGCAACAGUACAACUUCUACACUCUUUCCUUUGUGGUUUUAAUUUCAAAUAUUAUCAUUGUGGUAGCUGUGAUACUGAAGUAUCACAAACGCCAAGCAGGACAUGGCUACCAAAAAAUCCAGAGCUCAUAUUAA